AGUGGGAAAAUGUGUACUUAUAUAAAGCUAAGUCAUAUAAAAUUUUCUUUAAGAGUUAAUUUAAAAAUGAAGGAACAAAGUGAGCAAAACCUCUCGAGAAAUAUCUCUCUCUCGAUGCGACGGUAGGGUUUGAUUUGGUCCCCGAUUGCGGCAAGUUUUAAAUCUGGAGGAUCUCAUCUUGAGAUUCUGGUUGGUUUGUUCUGGGUUCUCCUUUCAGGGUUCCUCUGAUUUUGGUUUCAAUAUAGCGGAUCUGCGUUUACCGGUGUUGGGGAUCUUGGUUUUUCAAUGGGAUUUUCAUGGUGAUCUGAUGGGAGGGAACGAAGGGGAUCGAAUCCUGGAAAGCGGAUCCUUCGGUUGGCUUUCUUCUGGUGUGGGUCACGGUUCGUCUUCUCUCGAUUUGCCUAGAUGGAUAUGGGGAUUUUCGGCUGUGAUUACGCAGUCUGGGGCUGUGUUGCGGGAGGAUUCUUUGGUGGUCCAAGUUUCCUUUUCUGGUUAUAAUUGGUCCUCGAGAUCCGAUGGUCAAUCACGAAAUCAUCGUCCGGGUGCUUUCUGAGAAGGUGUCAGGGUCUAGUGGUAAGCUGAAGAUCAAGGUUCCACGUUUCGAUAAUUCUGCACUAAUCCAAGGGUAUGCUAAGACUCUCAUUGGCCGGUGUAUGAAUCCUGCGAUGCAGGACAUGAAGGCUCUGUUAUUCAUGUUGCCAAAGAUCUGGAAGAUUGAGGAGAGGGUUGUGGGUGCGGAUCUGGGAAUGGGGCGUUUUCAGUUUGAUUUUGAUCAAGAAGAGGACAUUCUCGAGGUUCUGAAAAUGGAACCCUAUCACUUUGAUCAUUGGAUGCUCUCCCUGGUUAGGUGGGAGCCAGUGGUGGAUCACAUGUAUCCCUAUCUUAUUAAGUUUUGGGUGCGGAUGAUGGGAGUGCCGCUUCAUUUUUGGGCUGAUGAGACGUUCCGCAGUAUUGGCUCCGAUCUGGGGGAGGUUGUGGAGGUUGAUAUCGACAAUGGUCGAGUUCAAUUCUUGUUUGAUGGUUUUAAACCAUUGGUGUUUGAAGCUGCUGUCGAGUUCCAUAGUGGCGAAGAAACGUUGGUGAUUCUGAGGUAUGAGCGGUUAUAUGGGUACUGUAGAUGGUGCUUUAGGUUGUGCCAUGACGUGUCCUAUUGUCCUUUGUUUGGGAAUAAUGGGAAACAAGCACAGGCAAGUGGAACGGAUCCUCGUCCUGAGGACAAGCUUCAAAGCUAUAAGGGAGCAGUUGCAAGUGGGUCUAAUUCUGGUUCUAGUUCAGGGGUCCGUGGGUCGGGGGCUCCUCAGGGCUCUGCUGUAGGAGGAGGACGGGGUGCAGGAGGUGGUCAGGCUGACGGUCACCGUCACAAACAAGGUUUUGGGCACAAGUCAAAGAGGGGACGUAGGGAUUUUCAGCCAAAGGAGCAGGUUGCACAGCAGGCUUCAAUGGCGGGUACUACUGUCCCGGUUGUGGGAGAGGGUGUUGGUCCAGCUCAGGGAACUGACGGGGACGUUACAGAACAACCGAUACUGGAUGCUUUUUUGGAUUCUGCUACGGAGGAGGUUGCUGUUCCUUUGUUUGUUGAGGUUCCUUCUGGUGAGGACAAACGGGUAUGUAAGAAUCUUUUUCUGCUUCUGUAGCCCAGAAUGUCACCACUCGUUGAGUUAUGGUUCAAGAUCAACAGGAGGAUCUUUUCUCCGCUGCCUUGUGUGAUUUCCUGGAUCAGGAGUUUAAUCUCACUGAUACACGAGAGAUAGGAGGACUGGCUCCAAUUUUGGAGGAGAGCGGGGUUGCACCUGAGUUACCUUCUGAGGAAGUCACGCCCACAGCGGAUGAGGAGGUGUCUUUUGUCACCAAGGAUUGUGGUCUAGGCGAUUCCCAAGUGCAAACUAUGCAAGGGGAUGCGGUUUCUGUUGUUGAGGAAGGUGCCACUACAGAUUUUGUGCAAGAUGUCGCAGAUGAGAGUGGGGUUCCACCACCUCGGUCUAAGUUGGUCAGGUCCAAAGGUGUCUUACCUGGUGCAAGCACUAAAAACGGAAUCUCUAUACCUUAGCUUCACCGCACAAGAAGGUGGUUGCAUCGGUCUCAACUUUGGGAGUGGGAAUGCAAGGUAACGCAGGCCCUACCCAAGGAGGGAAGCCUCCAACUAAUUUGGGUAGUUGAUGUUGAGUGCCUGUAUGAGUUGGCAUGAAAAGGGGGUUCCAGAGCAUCUCUUUCGUUUCUGGGUUUUGUUCGGCAAAAAGACUGGGUUCUGGUCCUUUUUGAGUCUUUUAGUUUUGUCUCUUUUUCUUCUAUUCAAUAAUAUUACAAUGGGAGCUCCAUUGUUUUGUUUUAAUUUCUUGCUUUUGUUCCCCAUCUGUGGGUGUUUUCAGUUUGAUUUGUUUCUGAGCUGUUGUAACCUUUUUGUAAGGACAAUAAUAAGAACCUACUGGCUUCUUUUCUUUUA